CAUUCAACCACCAUUUCAACCACCUCUGACCUCCCAUCUCAAGUCUCCCCUCCCUCACCUUGUCAACGACCAAUUAACACUACAUCCAUCUCUCACACUCUGUCGUAUACACGCAACACACACACUACCAUCCCGCUAGCUCAACCUCUGUUUCGAAUUUGAUUCGAUCACAGCAAAUUAAGAUGAAUUUCUCGUCCUACUUCUUCUCCUCGUCCUCCUCCUCUUCCUCCUCAUCAGAAAAGAAGUCCUCAUCCUCCUCCAAGCGCCGUCAGCAGCAGCAGCAGCCGGACGCAAACCCGACACGCUACCUGGGCGUCCGGCGCCGGCCCUGGGGCCGGUACGCGGCGGAGAUCCGCGACCCGGCGACCAAGGACCGGCACUGGCUGGGCACCUUCGACACCGCGGAAGAAGCCGCCGUGGCCUACGACCGCGCGGCCCGCUCCCUCCGCGGCGUCCGCGCCCGCACCAACUUCGCAUACCCGGACCUUCCCCCGGGCUCCUCCGUCACCCCCUACCUCUCCCCGGACCUCACGGCCGCGGACAACGGCUCCGUCCACGACCUCCUGCAGCCGUUCUACGCCGACCCGAGCGCCGCGCUGAAGCCGACGCACGGCCAGAGCGCGCCCGCGGCUGCCGACAUCGGCAACGAGUACUUGUAUGGUGGCGCUCCUGACAUGUCGGCACUCAUGGACGACAUCGCCAUGCCUGAUGAUCUGCCCGUCGACAGCAUGGAUUUCUCCUCCUCCAUGUACGGAGGAGGUAAUAAUGGUGGUGGCGGCGGGUGGUGCGAGGCGUCUGAGUUUGUGGGGUACUCUGCCUCGGCGGCGUCUGGAGGCGGCGGCCAUGGGGUGUACUUCGAGGAAGGGUACGUGCACAGCCCGCUCUUCUCGCCGAUGCCGGCGGCGGACGACGCCGGCGCCGACGGGUUCCAGCUCGGCGGCUCGGCGUCUUCAUACUACUACUGAUGGAUCGUACGAUUGAUGGAUGCGUCACGUGGGCGUCGGUGCCGUGUCGACCGACCGACCGCGCCCUCGAUCGGCGUCUACCUCUGCGUGCGCCCGCCGUUUUUCGCUGCGGCGUGGUGAGUUUGCUGGGUGCGCUUAGCAGUUUACUUACCUUUUGAUGUUUAUUAUUAUUACGUGUCGUGGUGAUAAUGCGUCCUUGAGUCUGAUUUUUUUUUGUUUACAUCUAUCCUGGGCCUGAAUCUUCCGUUCUGGAGAUCCACGAGCCUGUUCUUUUGGGCCGUCCCUGUGUUUCGAAUUUUACUUUUAUUUCUUUGGGCUUAUUUGUAUGUACAAAUAUGAUCAGUCGGCAUACACCUGUGUGUUGCUGGCGCUUCAGUGUAAUCUUAUUUAUCCCUGUUCUUACGAUGUAUUCACUCAUUUUUUGUUUCUGGGAUUGAAUUGCUCAUCUUGGCUGUAAAAGAGUUGAGACCGGACAGAUGGAACCUCACGUGCUUUUGUUGCA